CAUGUCCUAUACUUCCUGUCAAACCUUAAUGACGAAAGAAUUCACAAUUCCGCCGGUCAUCUUUCCGUCCGGCGAAGCUUCCACAACAAUAAACGUCCCCGGCGGCAAUAACCUCCACCGUCGACGAUGGCCACCAACAGCACCAUUUCAACCUCCUCAACCAACAACUUCAUCAAUCCCCUUCACAUCCUUCGACCUAGGUCCAACCUCAAUCUUCGCUCCUCUUCACGGAAACUCCACCUUCUCCGACGAACCAUCACUCCUCGAAGAACUCGAAAUAGACGCAGACCUAAUCUAUAGAAAAACACUGUCUCUCUUAAAUCCAUUCAGACUCAAUCCAUCAAUUCAUGAUUCCGCAGAUCUAUCAGGACCUUUUCUAUACUACAUUACAUUCUGUCUGUUCCAAAUGUUUGCUGGAAAAGUUCAGUUUGGGGUUGUAUUAGGUUGCAUUGUGGUAUUCUCAACAUUCUUAUAUAUAAUCUUUAAUAUGCUUGAAGGUAAAAAUGGAAACCUAGAUUUGUAUCGGUGUUUUAGUCUUGUUGGGUAUUCGAUGUUGCCGGAGGUUGUUUUCUCGGCGGUGUCGCUGUUGAUACCUCGCGGCGGCGCGUUUAAUUUUGGGUUGGCGGUGGUUGUGGUUAUGUGGUCGACCGGAAUUUGCGCUAGGCUUUUGGCUGAAGGUGGUUCGGGAGAUAAUACACAUCGUGGAUUGAUUGCUUAUCCUUGUCUUUUAAUAUAUGCUGUCUUUUCUAUGCUUGUUAUAUUUUGA